UGUAAUUAUUUUAUGUUUAAACUUACACCUUAUAGCGAAUUAUAAAAAAGAAAAAAAAUGAUAAUUGGAAUGCAUUUAGUUGAUCCUUCUGACAGAUAUCAUUAUUUUAACACUGUAGGAACAAAUAAUUCAAUGAAAUAGAAAACAAGUUCCAUAAGUUAAUAACAUAAAUAUGAACAUCUUACUCCUCGAUAAAUGGUGACUUUACCAGUUACACCUAAUAGCAAAUGCCCAUCUUUUUUUGAAUAGACUUAAUUGUUAGUCUCAAAAUAAGUUAGCAUAACCCCCAGAAUAAAAUAAGUAAGAUAACAAACAAAACCAGUACUGAUGUAAUUAAAAACAUAAAUAAUGGAUAAAAAAGGAAAUGAAUCAUUUAGAUUCAAAGAAACAAUUCCAAAUCCAAGUAAUAAAAAGCAGAAUGAUUUGAAAAAAAAAAUCUUAUUAGAAUUAGCUUAACCUUCAGACUUUGAUGAUUUCGUUGAUUAUGUAUGUAAUAAAAAGUUGAUAUGA